AGUUAUCCAAAUGUUAUAUUAUUAUAUAAAUUAAUAAACUUUGUAGCCUAUUAUUUCUUCAACUGUCAACAACUAUUCAGUAUAAGAGUAUAACAAAAAUUAGAAAUGAUAAGUUUAUUUAUUAGUUCAUUUUAGUUAUUCAGUUUCAAUGCAAUAUUUAAAAAUUCACUAUAAUAGUUUUAACUAAAGCAAUAUGGGUUUGAACAAUUUACAAAUUAUAUUUGAUAAUCCAACAGCAGUUUUCGUCCCUGGUGAAAUAAUUACUGGCAGAGUUCUAAUUGUUGUUAGCAAUUCAGUUAAAAUAAAAAAAGUGAAAUUAAAAUUUAGAGGAGAAGGUAAUGUGUUUUGGAGAGAACAUAAUCUUAUGACCCGAAGAAAUAGUAAGAAUGGAAGUAGAAGGCAUAGUCUUACACAUAAUAAGACUAAAACUGAAAGAUAUACUGCAAAAGAAGAAUAUUUUAAUCUCAAAAUAAUAUUGGCUGGUGGGGAAGGAAGAUUACUUUUAAAAGAAGGGGAACAUGUUUAUCCAUUUAGUGUUACCUUACCAGAUAACUUACCAUCAACAUUUGAAGAAGAGUACGGGCGCAUACAAUAUACAGCUAAAGUAGUAGUUAAUGUACCUUGGGAUAUUAAGAAAGGUAAAGAAAUUGUAUUUGAAGUAAUUUCUGCCUUAGAUUUGAAUGAUGAACCAUCCUUAGCCGAACCUAAAAUACUAGAAAGAGAGAAGUUUUACUGUUGCUGUUGUUGCAAGUCUGGACCGAUGACAAUGAUUGUCUAUGUACCUUAUACUGGUUUUGUUCCAGGACAAUCUAUACCAGUUACAGUUGAACUGGAUAACAACAGCAAUGUGGAUGUAGAUUCUAUUAUAAUAAUACUGGAAAGAGUACUGAAAUUUAAAGCACGAUUCCCAAGUAGUAAAAUAAAAUGUAAAGCAUUUAAGAUUGUUAAUGUGUGUAUAGAUGGCGUUGAAAAACACUCUUCGAAAACCCACGUGGAACAAAUUCAAAUUCCAAGUAGUUUGAUAAUUCCAAAUUUAAAAUAUUGUGGAAUUAUAACUGAUACAUAUUCUCUACAUGUUGAGGCUUGUGUUAAUGGCGGAUAUAUAAAUGAAGUAAUUUCUGUUAACUUAAUAUUGGGUGAUAUACCAUUGUCAAUACCUACCAAUGCUCAUCAAUUCAAUUAUUCUUUUCAACCAUCGAAUCAUAGUUAUUUUUCAAGCGAACAAAUUCCAACAAAUCAUCUUCCGUCUGUAGAUGUUACCGAGCCUAUUUUGGUUCCUGGAUAUGCUCAACUAGUAGUUCCAAGUAACCAAUUAUGUUCUGUGCCACACAAUAAUUUAGAAAAUGGAACGAUUCUUGCACAAAACAGUACAUUGGAUAUUAAAUUAUCUCCAUACCCAGAUCCACCACCACCGUACCAAUUUUCAGAAAUAGCAACUGAUAUACAAGUAGCAUCUAUUAGUACAUAAUCUGUUUAGUUAAAUCCAGGUAGAACAUUUAU